AUGAGUGUGGAAUUCCAGAUAGACAUAUGUCAGGUUGAUGUUGACAUGGAAUUCCAGGAUGAUGACUGGGGAGCUCUGAAGGUUCAACAGAUAGGGGUCAACUUUGGUAACAGUGGAAUUUUGGUGUUGGCAUCCCUAUUUCAGCCUCAGGGAGUAUACCACUCCCUACACCUCCCAGGGUCUUUGAAUGCUGACCAUCCUUGGUCAGAGGUCAUUGAGUCACAACAGAAGGGUGGUGGAGAUCUGGCAGGUGAUGUAAACAAAGAUGGCUUGUGUUCAGCCAUGUGCCUUGUAUUCUUGCUUCCUUUGCCAACUACCAUGCAAGCUUACUCCAUCAAUGAUGUGCACCCCAUGUUCAGCAUGAGGGACCAGGUGACCAUGGCACUCACUGUAGCCCUAGGGCAUGUCUGGGACCUGAUUGAGGUGGUGCCACAGCCAGAGGAGAGUUUGGAGACCAUCUAUGCAUGGGUAGAGGACUGGGACAAGACAUGGGCCAGCAUUUGCUCAUGGUGGAGAUACAUCAAUGACAAUGGAAUUUCCAUAUCAAAGGUUCACAAUGAGUGCAUGCAUGACUACACCAAGGAAUCUGCAAUGUGCCAAAACCUUCUGGUCCUGGGUGCCAUUGCCAUUGCUGACCUCCAGCACCCAGUGGAGCAGAGAUGGAUCCACAUCAAUGACAUCUUUGAAGACUACCAGGAGAGAGUAGAGUUGAGGGUGCAGCUUGAGGCAGAGAGGUUGACAAGAGAACCUUCUAUGUGCAUGCACAGACAGGCAGCAAUGGCAAUAGGUGAAGGUCAAGGCUGCAUGCCCAGCAACACUGGAGCAGGGGAGUCUUUGAGGGGGACUGGAGGACAAGGGAGGCAACAGAUGGAUAGUACAGGCAAGGGGAAGGGUAAGGAAAAGGCCACAGAUGAAGUUGAUGAGCUGGGGAAUGACAAAGGCAACCACCCACCUAACCCAGACCCAUUGAAAACUGGUGCUCUGGCACCCAAAGCCAACCUUCCAUGCAGGGAGUGCACAAAGGCAGAUGCAGAGUGUGAAGGGCUACCUGGGGAGUUGUGCAAGCAAUGCAGGCAGGCCAAACAGAAGUGCAGCAGGUCACUCAGAGUGGGUAGGAAGCACAAGAAUGCUGGUAGUGGAGAGAUGGCUGCUGGGCCAUCACACAAAUGGACCAAGUCAGUGACAGUGAUGACUAAGACUCCAGCAAUGACUGGGCUGAAACUUCGGAUCCCUGCUUGCAAACCACCCCCUAGGCAAAACUUCAAACUGACUCCUGGGCACCCAACAUCUCAUGCUAACAAUCUGGGAGAUCUUGGCAACAGUAGACUCUUUGGUAGACUGACUGGAUUAUUGGAUGAUCCACCCACACCUGACAUCAGUGUGCAGGACCUGUCCAAAGUUCCCCCAGUAGAAGGGACUCUGCUGGUUGCAAACCCAGGUGAUACAACUACAUGCAAGGCUCUUGCUGAGUGCAUUCAACUUCUGGAGAACAGGGCAGAUGAUGAAGAGUUUGAGCUGACCCAGAUCCAUCAGAUGCUGGGGCUGUUGGCUAUAUGUGUCUUUGGGUAUUUUGAACAGAAUUAUCAUUAA